AUGCUCCUACACAACGUGAACAUCCUCUGCACCUGGCUAGGUCUCUCAUGUGGAUUCAUCACGAGGUUUUUCGACCCGUCCCCUGGAACCUCAGGAUUCCGGCCGUGUCGUUGCCUACCCACGGAUAAAUGUUGGCCUUCCGAUGCUGUGUUUGCUGCAUUGGAAAGUCAACUCUCAGAAAAACUCCUCGCUCCUCUGCCACCGGCAAAGGCGUGUUACUCCUCGCUGGAAUCCGAAGCGUGCAAAGAGGCGCAGCGUUUAUGGCUAGACGGCUGGUGGCGGGCGAACCAGUCCGGAGCAACGCAGAACUCCAAUUUUGCAACAUAUGUCUCACCCGAUGGCGACAUCGAGGCAUGCUAUCUUAACACGACGCUGGGACAUCCUUGUCGUUGGGGCAGUACUCCGAUCAUAGGUGUGGACACACGUAGCGUCGAAGACAUUCAGUUUGCGGUAAAUUUCGCAGCUGCUCAUAACCUACGCGUCAUUAUAAAGAAUACCGGGCACGAUUAUCUCGGCCGCAGCACGGCCCGCGGCGCAUUUCUCAUUUGGACGCACCAUCUCAAGAAUACGACGUUCCACUAUAGGUUCAGACCCACUGGCGCGCCCGAGUACGUUGCCUACUACAAUGUGAUAACGCUUGGCUCUGGUGUUCAGUGGCAGGAAGCAUACAAUGCUGCAUUUGUCCAUGGCAGAAGCAUUGUAGGCGGUAUCACUCCCGGUGGGACGGUCGGUGCUGCAGGCGGCUGGCUCCAAGGAGGCGGCCACGGCAUUCUGGCCCCCCUUUCUGGUCUAGGUGUUGACAAUGCUGUCGAGAUAUCCAUCGUUACCUCGGGUGGCAAGUACCUCGUUGUGAAUGCGUACCAUCACUCGGACCUUUUCUGGGCUCUGCGUGGAGGCGGUGGUGGAACAUGGGGCGUCGUCGUUUCCGUGACAUACCAGACGUACCCUUCUGUGCCUAUCCUCUCCGGAUUGUUCUCUGCAUCCAUCAUUGCCUCGCCCUCAAAUGCUUCGGCUACACCGAGCCCGACUCUCGGAAAGCUCUUCACGGAGCUCGUUCGCGUGACAACGGCCUGGGCCGAUAGCGGCUGGUCCGGAUACACGGAAAUGUUUUCUAUCGGCCCCGGCCACCACACUAUUCGACUCGUGCACAUUGCGCCAGCCACAGCUGGAUGGGCAGCGGUGCCCGUCAUGGAACGGUUCUACUCUUUCGCUCGACAGUUGGCGGCAAAUUCGUCUGUGGAAGACGGCGGUGCACUUCACGUGGACCUGGCAGCAAUCACCCCAUUCCCGUCUUUCGGUGUAUGGGAGAGAAUGCUCUUCCAUGGCGAGACCGAGAUGCUCGGCGCGAAUGUUGAGAUUGGAUCGAGGCUGCUUCCCCGAAACCUGCUAGUCAACAACCAAACCGAAGUCGCCGACACCGUGUUGGGUCUAGAUCACGCAUUCGUUGGAUUCUUCAUUGUUGCGGGAGGUGCUGUCAGCAAAAUAGACCCAUCCACCACCGGUCUUAACCCAGCGUGGCGCGAAGCCUUGAUUCACGUCGUAUUCGGUUCCGGCUGGCCGGAAGGAGCUUCGGUCGACGCCAUAAACGAGGUUCGUGCAAAAAUUAAGAAAGGCGAGGCGGCGUUCCGCACAUUGACGCCUCAAGGUGGCGCAUACUUCAACGAGGCGUCUCUAUAUGAAGCCGAUUCUAAGUACGAGUUUUUCGGUUCGCACUACGAUAAGCUCCGGGCUAUCAAGAGGAUUUAUGACCCCAUCGAUCUCUUCGUCGUGCCAGGCGGAGUAGGUUCCGAGGAGUGGGACGCAGAUCUUUACUGCCGUAUCUGA